AUGUCUCGCGGCCCUCCUGCUGCUCGCCGCCCUCGCCACGGCGCCGCGGACAGGUGCACGGCCUCUUGCUGCUCGCCGCCCUCGCCACGGCGCCGCUCGCCGCCGUCCAGCGUGCUGCCCCUCCCUCCCUGUCGACGCGAGCUUGGAGACGAUCCAGAGGUGGACUGCAGCUGCGGCAGCGCGAGCUUGGAGGCGUCCCGGAGGUGCAGCUGCGCGAGCUCGGCGGCAACUCCCGCCCCUCCCCCGGAAGCCGGCCUGCUCGCUGGUGCAGCCGGGCUCGCUCCUCCGUUCUGUCCAGACGGCCGACGGGGAGAGGACUCCGACGAGCGGCGACCGGCAAGUCCCCACUCCACGGCCGCGCCCGCGCCGCUCCGCCCGGCCGCCGCGCGCUCCUCCUCCGCCCCGGCCACGCCCACGUCGUCCCGGCCGUGCCCGCGCCACUUCGUCCCGUCCGCUCCCUUGCCAGCCGGCGUCCGCGCGCUUCUCCGCGCCUCCGCACCCGGCCUCGUCUAG